AUGGCCGUCACACUAUCAACGACUCCCUCCAUGAACAAGCGCUGGCCUCCUCUGGCCGACAAGACCUCCCUCCCCUACAGACUCACUACACUCUCUAAGCAAAAACUCGCCCGCGAGGCCACCGCGCCCGACCCGGACAUCAGACGAUGCCUCGGCCACUUUCGCCUCCACUGCACGUCCAUGGAAUGGGCCCAGCGGGAUAUGACCUCUCGCAUCAACUCGUUUGAUCUCGACUCCGACUCGGAGGACGAGGAGGAGACACAGGACGAUGAGGUUCAGGAGGUUGUGGAGCGUCUGGCCGAGAAGGCCAGCACUGUUACCAUCACUGACUCCGCGGCUAAAGAGGAGACGACGCUUCAUUCUCCUAGAAAAAGGUCGCAGUUGUCUGGAAAGGACAGUCCAGAUGAAACAUUUCUGGCCUGCUCGUGGGCCCUGUCUACCUGUUCGGAUCGCCGGGUAACCGGUGCUUAUCACCCUCACUCUCCUACUCUCUACUUUUCCGGCAUUGACGAGCAGGAAACAUAA